GGCGGCAGCAGUUGGUCCGGAGUGUGCAGCAAAGUUGGUUUCUUUGACCUUUUGUGGUCACCUUCUUGCUUUCAAUAUUUGGUACUCUCUCAAAGAAAUCGGACCCUUAUUGUAAUCUUCACUAUCUCUUUAUUAAACGUCCAGAUCUUGACGGACUCUACGAUUUCAAGCCGAAAUCUGUCUAUACUCAAUACAUUUUUCACCAGUGGGUGUCCAAGUCUUCAUCGAAAGCUGAUUCCUGAACUUGGUCCCCAGAUUUUCAUCUGCAAGUAAGCGAUAAUAUUCGAUCGUCAGGAACAUGGCAGUCGCAGGGGAAUUAACUGUUCCUUCUGGUCAGAUCAGUUCAAAGAUCCCAACUUUCAAUGCCAAGAGCCAGAUUUUUGGUGUGCCCAUGAUUUCUUGCUCUGGAGGGAAACUGAAGAGUAGGAUGUCUACUGGAGUUAGAGCAGUAUUGCAAAUGGGAGUGGGAGCAGCUGAGAGUGGGAGCAAGGUUGGGGGUGCUUUAGGUUUUGAUGUGGUGUCGGAGGAAGAGUUGAGAGAGAAGGGGUUUCUGGGGAUGAGGAAGACAAAGCUCGUGUGCACUAUUGGCCCUGCUUGUUCCUCCUUGGAGGAUCUGGAGAGGUUGGGAUUCGGAGGGAUGAAUGUGGCGAGGCUCAACAUGUGUCACAACUCGAGAGAGUGGCAUUUGGAUGUGAUCAGGGAGAUCAAGAAGUUGAAUGAAGAAAAGGGAUUUUGUGUUUCGGUCAUGAUUGAUACCGAGGGCAGUCAGAUCCGUGUCGUUGAUCAUGGUGCUCCUUCCUCUGUCAAAGUAGAGGAAGGAUCAAUCUGGUUAUUUACUACCAAAAAGUUCGAGGGUUCCCGCCCUUUCACUGUCCAAGCAAACCACUCCGGUUUUUCUGAAGGUAUUGAGGUUGGUGAUGAGCUCGUUAUCGAUGGAGGCAUGGCAAGUUUUGAAGUCAUUGAAAAGAUUGGGAAUGAUUUGAAGUGUAAGUGCACAGAUUCUGGUUUGUUUCUUCCUUGCGCAAAGUUCAGCUUUUGGAGAGAUGGGAAGCUUGUUGAGAGGAAUUACAAAUUGCCUACUCUGUCAAGAAAGGAUUGGGCUGACAUAGACUUUGGAAUUGCUGAAGGUGUAGACUUCAUUGCAAUGUCAUUUGUCAAUGAUGCUGAUGCAGUCAGCAACCUUAAGGAUUACAUUUCCACCAAAUCAUCCAAAUCUAUUAGAGUAUUGGCAAAGAUAGAGAGCCUAGAGUCUCUUCAGAAAUUGGGGGAGAUUGUCGAAGCUUCCGAUGGUAUCAUGAUUGCUCGGGGUGAUCUUGGAGUGGAAAUCCCCCUGGAGCAGAUUCCCACAGUCCAAGAGGAGAUAACUUAUGUCUGCAGGCAAAUGAAUAAGCCUGUGAUUGUGGCUUCGCAACUUCUCGAGUCCAUGGUCGAAUUUCCUACUCCAACCCAUGCAGAGUUCCUCCACCGUAACACCCAUUGCUUUAGAUAUCUCAUCCAUCCGCCCGCGGCUAAGGUCUAGGAACGACUCGAUGAGAUCUCCGUCCAGGAAAUUCCGAGCAUCCACGGUCUUCUGCCCAUUGUAAAACGACCUCCACUGCUCAUGGCUCAGUCGCCCAACGCCUUUAAUUACCUUUCUCAAGUUUGACUGAAGCUUCUCUAGAAAUACGUACUGAUCACGAGGGAGCGAGGCAAUCACUCCAAUCACGCCAUUAACCGUGCCAAAUAUGACGGUCGGAAUCUGACCCACAUCGGAAUCCGGCAACCGCAUCACAAGGGAACCAUGGCGGAACCGGUUGACGAAUUCUCCA